ACAGGUCGUUGAGCGUGCACUGGCCAAUGCUCGGAUUCUCGAUGCUGUGAUUGCGCUCGGCGGGGAUGAUACCAAGGAGCUGAGCGAUGUCAAUAGAAUGAGCGAUCUGGAGCUCGUGCAGUGGACGGUGGAGCUGGCCGAGGCGGAUCUGGUAAUGAUUGAGGUGCUAGAUAUUGUGUGCGCUGAAGCCAAUGUGCGGGACGCCUGGAAUACGUGGUGGGCAAAGCGUGUGGAUGUAGCUGGAGCGCCGUUCGUGCAGCUCGUUUUCGGGCGCUACACGGAGCUGUUUGACAGCAAUGUCGUCCUGGCGGCCAUGUAUGCAAUUGGUGGAGGAUGCAGCAGUCUCGAUGGCGCGCGGGUUAUUUUGCCACAUCUAGCUAAAGCACUGGGCGUGGAGGAGGCAAGCCAGAGCGUGCACUUUGCGACAGAUGUGCUUCAAAAGUUUGCAGAUGCCAGUGCACAUAUUCUGAUAGACGAGCUACAGGGUCUGUCGGAGGGCCAGGUCUGUGGGGUUGUUGGUGCAGGACUAGCUCAGAUCAGGGCUCUGGAACUGCUGGCAUUGUUUGGGCUGGUGACUGAUCUGCCUGCGAUCGUGGCAUGCCAGGGCAGGGUUGAGGACCAGCGGCGGGUGCUGAUCCGGCUACUUGCCUCGGCCCAGCGUUCAGCUAUCACCGAGAGCGUGUCGCUGUGGGAGACGGUCCUGUCCCUGCACUCCCUGGAUCUGUUCAGCUGUCUGUCUGUGGACGAUCUGAAGCAAGAGUAUCUGCGAUCGUUGCUGAAUAACGAAGAAUUCGAUCCAGGCGCGCGAUCUUAUUAACGCUCCUCCGCAGUUUAUCGACGAAGCGGUUGUCCGGGACAUCGUGUGCCAGUGCGUCAGCGAGCUGUUUGACAAUGCCGAGUCUGGCAACAUGGACGGGGGACUGAUGAGGGCAGCCCAGCAGUGCCUCGAUGUCUUACCUGCACGGUGGCAGGACGAUCCGGCUGUGCAGCACGAGCGGCAGCUGAUUGAUGCUGCGCACCUUACAUGGACACUGCAGCAGUCAGGGUCGUCGAUUUUCAACCG